UAUUAAAAAAUGUAGCUUGCAUAGCAAGUGUUCCCAUGCUCUUUGCAUGAAAAUUGGGGCAAGAGCAAAAAAUUGAUGGAAAGGGAGGUGGUAGGGUAAGUGAGGUUCCUUUGCGUGGCCAAAAUACGGAAAAAGCUCUUUGUUCAUACAUUGUAUGGAAAUGCUUGCUAGGCAGGCUAGUAAAAAUGACGCCUCACUUCUUGGCUCUUCCAACUUUGUCUGGUGUUAUCUAAAUUAGAGUUCCUGUACAGUACAUUAUUGGUGAAUGGGAUUUCAGGCAUUUAACCUUGAAAAUGAUGCCGCCUGUCUUCAUUCCAAGACCAGAGACUGAGGGACUGAUAGAUCUAGUUGCUAGUCACCAUGGCCUUGCUGAUGAAGGUGACAAGUUUAAUUUCUUGGAAGUAGGAUGUGGAAGUGGAGCCAUUUGUUUGUCAAUACUGUCAGAAUAUCCUCAGACAACAUGUGUAGCUAUUGACAAGAACAAAGAAGCUGUUAGUCUCACAAGAGAAAAUGUAAACAGUUGCAAUGUAAGAGACAGGAUAACACUUCAUCAUGCUGACGUUCGAUCUGUGCUGCCAUUACUUGGCUCCACAAAGUUUGAUGCCGUCAUUAGUAAUCCUCCAUACAUUCCUGAACAAGAUGUGACUCUCUUGGAGCCUGAAAUUUUCAGGUAGAUCCGAGUGUGUUGUAGCGAUAUCUUCGUUUUGUCCCCUAUUGUAUUAGGAUAGUGUGCAGACCAGGUAUCCCACUGUAAAUGAACAAGUUCAAAAAUUCUACGUCUGUACUGAGCCUCUGAGAACCAUCACAAAACAGGGCUAAAUGAAUGAAUUUAGUAAGCGG